UAGAAAAAGUUAGAAAAAUUUUAAAAAAAGAAACAGCAGUUGUCCUGGUAAAAACUGAAGUAUUCAACGACAAUAGAAUAAUUUCUGCAUUAUACGACAAUGAAGAAGAAAUGGAAAAGGGCAAGCAAUGCGAUGUGGGAGGAAAUGCAGGAAAGCCAACCUACAUGCAUAGGGCUGAAAUUUUCAGAAAAAAUCCAGUUAAGGAGUUAAUGCAUGAUGUGAAACUGUGGGACGUACCACUGGGAAUGAAAAAUAAAGAACUCAAAGAAAACCUAGAAAAUAAAUAUGCUGAUAAUCUCAAAUCUAGAGAAGAACAUGCAACCAGAAUUAUCGGUCUACCCAAUGGUAUAACAGCACGUGAGUUAUGGCCCCAUGUAGAAAAAAUUGGAGCAAGAACAUGUUAUAUCCCAAGAACAAGAACAUAUAGACGGAAAAAUGAAGCAAUU